CUGAAAUCUGGUAUGAGUAAACUAGACUUAAUGAAUAAGAUGCUCAAAAAAAAAUUCAUCAAAAAACUCCACCUGGAACUGUCCAAAUGGAGACGUCCGAACAGGGCCUCCUAUAUAAAGGCUUAUUUGACUUUUUGAUGUAAGUUCGAGAAUCUAUUUGACACUUUUCCCUACAACAAAUGAUAAUAAGUUUUACAUACUCCCCGUGAAAUGAGUUUUGUUAUUUCCCUUUUAUCAAAAUUGGAAAUGAGACUAAUAAGAAUUUGGAACAACACAUUUAGUAAAAGAAUUGUUGGGAAAUUAUCACGAGUAGGCUUAAGAGUGCAAAUAAUAUCACUUUUUUCACUAUCUAAAGGGUUUUUCAAAAUUAGACAACUUGUACUAUUUAUUUCACAAAUAGACCAUGCUCCUGUACGUGUUCCUUCUGAAGCAGCUAAGUUCCGUAUCAUUGCUCCCUAAUUGAUGAAACUACGUAUCUCUACUCCUUAGUGGCCAAGUUGUUGAACUCAUAAAGUUGUAGGAGUUCUUUUUUUUUUUUUUUAUCUUUUGAAUAGAAUAAAAUUCAAAAUAAAAAUAAAAAUUUCAAAAAAAGUUGCAAUAAAUAUGCCAAUUGAACAUUUAAGUUAAAGUUUAGAAACAACUAUGAAAAUGUAAAAAAAAAUAUAAAAAAUUUCUGAAACUAUUAAAAAUAUAGGAAGUAAUUAGAUUUGUUUUUGAAAGAUUAAUUUUUUAAAAUUGGAAUAUAUGCAAAAUAAAAAAUAUAUAAAAUUCAAAUAAAUAUACACAUUGAAAAUAUUCAAAAAUUUUAAAUUAAAUAUUUAUAUAAAAUAUAAACAGAGUUUAUAAUUCAUAAAAAAUAAAAACAAGAAAAUCAAUGUAAGCUCAAAAGCAUGUGAAAUAUUAAAAAACCUAAACACCUAAAAAAUUAUAGGAAAAUAUAUAAAAUUAAAUAAAAACGUUUUAAAACUAUAAAAAGUGUGAAAGGCAUUUCAAGAUUAUUAAGAAAAAGUAAACUUUAAAAAACCUGAAAAUAUAAAAAGAAAAUAAAAAUUCAGAAAUUUAAAUAAAUGCUUAAAUUUGAAAAAAAAAUAUAAAAACUCAAAAAAUUUACAAAAGUUAUAAACUAAAAACCGAAAAAUAAAUUCUUAAAAAAUGGGAAAUAAUUUAAAUUAUAAAAUGUGUAAAAUAGAAGAAAUUGGAAAUAAAAAUUUUAAAAAUUAAAAAAAUGUAAAAAAUUAAUUAAUAAUAACAUCUUAUUGUUGGUUUUUUUUCUUUUUGUUGUUAAAUUUAUAAUUUUGUUUCUUUGUUGUUUCUCCAUGUUUCGUCAUGUUUCUUGUUGUUGAUAAUAUUUAUAAAUUCACAUUUAUUGCUUUAGGUGUUUUUAUAAGCAUAUCUAUAGAUGGUUUUGUGUUUCAAAUAAGUAGCACAUAUAAAUAGCAACCUAAUUGGAAAUAAAAAAUCAAAAUUAAUUAUAAAUAACAAUAAACAACACGAUACAACAAAAUGAAACACGAUACAACAAAAUGAAACACAUACGAUGCAACAAAAAGAAACAAAAACAACAUAUGAAAAUAUCACUAUAAAUAAAUAACAAUCACAAAGAGGGCAUACCCCCCAAUCAAGCAAGAGCAUAACAAGUCAAUGCUUCAUGCACUAGUAUAUUGCACUAAACAACAAAUAUAACAGCCCCAUACAAUCUGCCAAGAACAUAAGUUUCUCAAAGGAACAAAUAGCAUAACGUAGUUGACCCGCACAGUGUGCCCAAAGCAGCAUCAACAACAUCAUGCACCCCCCCCCCCCCUCUAUCACCAAAGUAUAAGACAAAGCACUAGUACACAAUUUGCUUAUCAAUACAUACAAAACUCCCGAGGCAUCACACCGAGAUAGCAACCAAUGCACCGCCAUAAGAUAUCAAUAAAUUUGGUAGGAUAUAGUCUGAAUAACACUGCACCUUGUACACCAAGAGUUUAAUCUACAAAAUGCACACUAUCAACAAUAAUCACCUUUUGAGCAAAACUAGACUCAUUCCUGUUAGGCUUGCAAAUUGUGUAAAAAGUGAAGGAAAUGGAUAGCUGAACGGCCUUGCGGCCCAUGCUCAAUAUCCUUGCACCUCUAUAUUGUUUAAGGCACACUUUGACUGAACUGAACACGGUAGAAGUAUACUUUUUAAGUCUCAUCUAAGGACCAAACCUUUACUACACUUCUUAGUGGAUAGACAUUUAAGAUGUUUUAUCAUUAUAGAUGUGUGUGCAUAUACACACCCACAUCAAAUUAUUGCGUACACAUGGAAUCAUAUAUAAAAAUAAACGUUAAAAAUUAACCAUUGAAAACUGAUCAACAUGAAACAACAAAAAGAAACAUGUUGCAACAACAAAAAACAAAUUAAAAAGCACCAAAAAGCAACAAAAUCAACAAUAAGAAACAAAAAAAAAACUCCUGAAUUAUGUUUGCAAUAGUGGACAAAAAUAUAAAUCCGUCAAAUGGAAGUAGGUACACUGACUUUUUUCUAAUAGUACACAUCUUCUAAAAACUAUCUUAGGUUUGGAGCAACUAGGGUGUAGAAGAAACAAGAGCAACCCUGAAAUAAAAGUUUGUAGAUUAGAAACUUGAAACUCCUGAUGCAGCAGAUGACUAGAAGAAAGCUGCAUGAAAGUCUGGUUAUAAUAGAAAGAUCAGAAGAAAGCUGCAUGAAAGUCUAGUUAUAAUAGGAUGAUCAAGCUUGAGAUUUGGAUUGAGAACAACUCAGCAAUGCAAUAAGUAACCAGAAUAGUUGUCUAAUGCAUACAAAGCAUGAUAAAAUUGACUACAUAAUGUACCAUUGAUAAAUGAUAAUGAAAAGAAUAUAGUUUUUCAAUAAAAAGGUAAAUUAGCUCAAGAGGAAAACAUAGCUUAUUGAAGUAUGUCUAUCUUACUAUCUGAAACCUCACUAUGAAUUUUGCAAUCUAAUAUUAUAGCCAAAUUAAGUUGACUUCAUAACUUAACUGAUGCAGUGAAUACAAAUGAACUACAUAAAAGCAAGUUAAAAGCUCCAUGUGGUUGUGACUUGUGAGCACUGCAUGUCUGCAUAAGUAUAUACAUAAUUAGGAUUAUUUUCAGUCUCAAUAUUUUAAGUGCAAUACAAAAGUAUAUACACUGGUUAAUAUAUACUCUCUACAUGUGCAAAAAAGUAAACCAAAAAAUAGUGAAAUAUGUGUUUUCUAGUUUGGAAUUUAAGUUACCACUACCAAAACGAAUCAGAUUGAUAAUACUUUAUUAAUAAUGUGCAGAGUAUUACUAAUACUAAAUAGGUUACAUUGGUAUCUGUCAUUAUUCUCACAAAUAUAUAACACUUUAAACUUAAAAAGUUAUUCACAAUCCAACAAAAGUAUUGAAAGAUCUGAAUCCAGAAGUUUUUAUUUUUUUAAAGGAGUACAAUGAUUGAUACCUUGAGUUGGUAAAACUGAGGAUCUUUAAAUUUAGUUCAGUUUCAGAUCUGAAUCCAGAAGUUUAGUUGCAUCACCUUGAUUAACUGUAUGCUAGAACUUGAAUAAAUUUCAAUUCAUGCAUGAACCAAAUUAGUUUCAUACAGGGAAAUAGAGAAUUCGAUUUUGUGGAAGUUUAUUAUUCAAUUUUAAUUCAGUAAAACCUAACAAACGAAAAAUUCUAAUCAAAUUUUCCCAUUCAAGACAUAGUGUGACUCGGAGAUGACAUAUGAAUAAGAAGCACUUGAGGAGUUCCCUGAAUUCGCUGAUCAGAUAGAGUGCGGCAAGACGGCUAGGAUAUCAUUGCUGUGAGGGCCUGGCGAGUUGACAUCCCAAGUAGCGGAAACUAGCGACUAUGGCAAGAUGACGUUGAUGUUUUGUAGAACGGAAGAGGAGAAGCCGAAGAAGCUAAGGAUACGUGAACGAAUUAGGGAUCUGAAAAUACACGUUGAGAUCGGUUGAUAGAGCAGCGGCGGCAAAUUUAAGGUGAAGUCUAUGAGUAAGGCAGUUGGAAAUUGAUUGAAAAAAUUGUAAGAUGCACAGACGCGAAGGAGCCAAGAGAUGAAGCCGAAGGUCGAUGCGGAGCCAGAUUUUUUGGAUUUGAUUGUGUUUAAUGUUUUGACUCUUUUUGAAAUAAAGAAACUAAAUUGAAAAGUUGAAUGUUAAAUGUGAAAAAUAAUACGGAGGUGGACAUAAAUGAAAUACUAAGCACAAAACUGGACUCUUCGGGUAAUUAGCACAGAAUUGUUUUGAGAAAAAUUGUAUGAAGUGUAAUUUUUAUCGAUUUUUCUAUUUUUAAAAUAUUAGAGAAAAUUGUUCAAGCUAAGGACCUGUUUACUUGGCCGUGUAAUUCACGGUUUGCUUAUUAAGAAGCCUAAAGUAAACAAUCCAUGAUGCGUAACUCCCACCGUACUAAGCAAAAGGGCCUCUUACCCGCCGUUUACUAAACCCCGCCUCCCCCCAUGUUUUAUUUAACCGGCCACUUAAGCAAUUCUUUAUUGACCAUCCUGCCCUUUUUCUAAAGCCUUGUGAAUUUUUUAUUACGUGUAUACCCUAGUUUAACCACACGCCUCUUCAUCCUUUCCAUUCAUUCGACGACUCCUCUACCAACCUUCCUUCUCCUCCAAAGUUUCUUUCAAGCACAAGAAAAACUCUCUCUCGGAUACAAGGGCUCCACCACCUACGAAACUUCUCCAAUGUCUCAAUCGACGCCCCAGAUGAAACAUGUUGAAAAGGCAACACGAAGGAAAUGGUCUAUACAAGAAGACCAAACUCUUAUUGCUUGCAUGGUUGAAUUGCAUAGUGGUGGCACACAUAAUGGGAAAAAAGGAGGAUUUGAAGCAGGAUAUUUAAGUGAGUUAGCAAAAAUGAUGUUAGUCAAGUUACCUCAUUCUCACUUGGAGGCCAAACCACACAUUGAGUCUCGUAUAAGAACACUGAAACAAGUUUGGCAAGAGUAUUAUGACUUAUUGAAUGGUCGCAGUGCUUCAUUAAGUGGAUUUGGAUGGGAUUCUACAGCAAAAAUGGUCACCGCUCCUAAUGAAGUAUGGAAAGCUCUUAGUGAGAGUAGACCUAAGGUUGCAGCAUUAAGGCGAAAGAGUUUGUGGUAUUAUGAAGAAUUUUGUACUAUUUACUCGGUGGAUCGUGCUACUGGAGCUACAGCGAUGGAGUGUGAAGAUAUGGCUAAAGAUACGGAACUGGAGUUAAUGUUUGAAUCAGAAGAUAUAGAAGACUCCUCCAUGCCAGGUAGUGAUGAUAAAAAUCCAUCAAAGAGAGUUGCAGGAUCUGCCAUUGACCAUCCAUCAAAGAGAGUUGCAGGAUCUGGUGCCAAUGACCGUGGUAAGAAGUGCAAGAGCGGUCCAAGUAUUGAUAAUUUUUCAUUUUAUGUAGAGGCUGCUUCUAUUCGACUUGAAAAGGCGGGAUUGGAGAUGUCGAGGGUGGAAACAGAUAUCGCUGAUAAGACAUCACGCCUCCCAAAUGCUUUAGAUCAACUCGAAGGCAUGACUAAGGUUAUGAAAUUUAAACUUAUGAAGAAAAUGGGGAAAAACCAGAGUGAGCUGUUGUACUUCUAUGGUUUGGCAGAUGAAGAAAAGAUGGAGUGGUGUCAGUGGUAUUUAGAAGAUGAAUCAUGAUAUGUUAUCGCAGUGAUGAUUUUGUAUUUCUCUUAUGUUCACUACUCUCGUUGGAUGGUUUUAUCUAUUUCAUAACUGUGUUAGACGAUUUCCAGAUUGGUGCUUUAAUUUGAUACAUUUAUCUAGCUCAUUGGAUGAUUUGUUUGUUUCAUUAUUUAUGGUAA